UGACAGCGGCGCCAUGUUGGAUUUCUCUUUCUUUCCGGUUCGCGAAGAUGCCCUUCCAGCGAUUUGUCGAGACUGGCCGGGUGGCCAAGUGCUCCACGGGACCCCUCAAGGGGAAACUCGUGGCGAUUGUGGACUGCAUUGAUCCCAAUCGCGUGCUGAUUGACGGACCUUGCACGGGAGUGUCGAGACAGGAAUAUCGUCUCAAUAACCUCCACCUGACCAAGUUCGUCCUCCGCUUCCCCUUCUGCGCGCCCACCAGAGUGAUCCGCAAGGCUUGGACAGCCGCGGACGUGAACAAGAAGUGGGCCGAGACAACGUGGGCGAAGAAGGCCAAGGCUCAGGAGAAGCGGUCAAAUCUCAAUGACUUUGACAGAUUCAAGCUGCGCGUGGCCAAGCGCUCCCGGAAUCGCAUGCUCACAGUGCAGUUCAAGAAGAUGAAGCGAUAUGGCUCCAUUGACGGAACGCUGUAUGGCAAGAAGAGCAUCCGGAAGCCCAAGCUGUGGAAGGAUCAGCUCGCCAAGAGGAAGACGAAGAAGCCCGCGGGCAAAACCGCCGCCGCUGCUGAGUAAACGGGAGUAAAUUUCUGUUGAAGAGGCGCUAAAUAAACCAUUCAUGAGGACAUAAGAUAA